AUGGGGGAUUAUAAACCGACAAAAGCAGAGGAAAAUGCGUUCUCGGUAUGGGAUGGUGCGCAGCCGCUAGGAACAUCACUGCCGACUGGUGAUCCUCACGCUGUGAGCUUCUCAUUGCCCACUUGGACAUCUGUCAUCGGGCUUAUGGCUGGAGAAGAUUGGGUAAAGAACGCAAAACAGACCACUUACCCGAGGAUGGGCUUAUGCCCACUUGUCAGUAAGCUAUGUGAGGCUGCCGUGAAACGUCUAAACCAACCCAAGGGCAUGAGGUGCAGGAUCUUCACCUCACAUGAUGCGGCAAUACGUCUUGACCAAACACUCAAGAAAAAAGAUCCAACCACACGCACAUACGCCAUUGAUUUUGUCCCCCAGUCUGUUGAUCCGGAAGUUCUAACAUGGGGACGCUUUAUACUGGUAUUGUAUGCCGAUGCCAUGGAGGAAGAAGCAAAUCGAUUCUUGCUCAAUCACGGCGACGGUAUCUCGAAUAGGCACGCCGAGUUUUGCCUUUCCCUCAUGCCCUUUAUGGAUACGAAAUGUGGACCUGCAGGUUCACAAUUCUGCGCCGCGGUCCUAGAGCCGAAUAUUAGCACAAUUCAGCCGCCCCCUUGGACAUGUUCUGGCUUAGAGGAGAAGGCGAUCGUCAAGUCCAUUUUGGCGGAUUCAAUAGUGUCCCAGAAAGCGGGCAUGGCCCCUGUUCGACCUGACGAUGUUUUCCUUUAUUCCACCGGUAUGAUGGCCAUUGGGAAGAUUGCCCGUGUAAUGAGCAGCACUUCGAAGGACGCUACUGCAGUGAUAUACGGCUGGCUCUAUUCAGGUACCAAGCCUUUGGUGGAAGAGUGCGGGUUUUAUGAGUGUGUACUUUACGGUCACGGCUCAGAGCACGAGCUGGACCUUCUCGAGUCCUCACUUGCAGCAGGAGCAAGAUACACUGUCCUAUUCUGCGAGAUCCCAUCAAAUCCACAGCUGCACACGCCAAAUUUGAUUAGAAUCAAAUAUCUUGCGGAUAAGUAUGGAUUUACUACAGUUAUCGAUGAUACCAUAGGAACGUCGGUUAAUGUGGAUAUCUUGCCGUAUGCCGAUGUCGUCAUUACAAGCCUAACAAAGAUUUUCAACGGAGCAUGCAAUGCGAUGGGCGGCAGCCUCAUUGUCAAUCCUAAUUCUAAGUGCUAUCCAAUGAUCCACGCCCAGCUACAGGAUAGCUUUGAGGACGUUCUGUUCCCACUCGAUGCAAAAAUCCUAAGUAAGAAUUGCGUUGACUAUGCGGACCGUGUGCGAAGAUGCAGUGCAACAGCUAUGAAGAUUGCCCAUCUUCUCGCGGGCCAUCCACUCGUGGAGUAUGUCAAUUACCCAACUCUGGUGCCCUCCAGAGCGGAAUACGAGCGGUAUCGGCGUGAAGGAGAGGGCUAUGGAUACUUGUUGAGUAUCGUUUUCCGAAGUCCUGACAGUGCUGUUCAGUUUUACGACGCGCUGGACCUGUGGAAAGGCGGAAGUAUAGGAAAUAACAACUCUAUCGCACUCCCAUAUUCGGUUCUCGCACACUGGGAUGAACAAGAUUGGGCGGCUUCAUUUGGAGUUCCAAAACAUAUUGUACGCCUCAGUGUAGGCUUGGAGCCAGAAUGUGAACUGCGGGCACGUGUGCUUGGGGCCCUCGAGAAGGUGGAAUUUGUUAUGAAUUAA